GGUUUCGAUUUCACUUGCCUCAACAGGUCUUCGCAAGCGGAGUUUAGUGUCCAAAGGAGGAAAUGUACGCAUAAGUGGGCUGACCACACCCCUGGCAGAGGCCUUGGAUUUAGGUCUCACUUGGCUUGCCGGGUCUUCUCACGCACAGCAUAUUUCAUUUUUCAUUUUUUUUUUUUUUUUAAAUGCAGAGCUUUAACCGAGAAAAUCGUGUCCGUGCUUCCCAAGAUGAAAUGUCCACACCGCAUUGAACCCCAUCAAAUCCAAGGUCUGGAUUUCAUCCACAUAUUCCCUGUGGUUCAGUGGUUGGUGAAGAGAGCUCUGGAGACGAGAGAAGAGGUGGGUGACACCAUACGCGCCUAUUCCAUAUACCAGUUCAACAGAAAUAAUAAAAUGCCUCAGGAUGAAAAAUUUGAUUCCACCAAACACAAUGCAAUCGAAUGUUUAAAUAAUGCCAAGCACAGUUACAGACCACAAAGACGGUAUCGGCGUCGAGAUGCAGACAAACUGACUGAAGAAGAAACUCGUGUGAUAUCAACCCUGCUUGAGUUUGGAUGGAAUUAUGGACUCCAGAGCCGAUGGAAUGAGAGCACAGAUAAAGCCCAAUCACCAGAAUUGGAAAACCAGGAAACUAUUGAUGGUGCUAAAGAAACGGAUGACGAUCAACAAAAACAGGAUGAGGAAAAAAUCAACCUUCUUAUGCAAAGUAUGUCAGUCAUGACACCCAGCGACGAAUUUAAAAGUUAUGCAUCAGUGAAAAGCAGGGUUUGCAUUUUUUUUCCAAAGAAUUCUUCUUUAAUUAGCAUUUCUGCUUUCGUUGUUGUCUUCUCUCUCUCACACAACACUCAAAUAAUGAAAACCAAACAUGAACAACUCCAAGAGGAAUAUAAGGAAACACAGGAAAAUUUUCAGACGCAACGUUCGGAACGAAUCGAUGCGGAAAUGGACAAACUGAAUGAAAUGGAGACUUCUGAGAACCAAGGUGUCCUUGAAGAAUUGAGGAAUUUAGUUGCAAUGAAUGAAAACCUGAAGAAACAGGAACAAGAGUUCAAAUCUCAUUGCAAGGAAGAGAUGUCCAGGUUAAAACAGAACAUUCAGAAAUUGAAAGAUGAAAAUGCUGAAGAUGAUUCUGACGAUAAGCAGCGAGUAUCAUUGAUUGAAAGUCAAUAUGAUGCAGACAAAGAAAAACUACAGAAGAUCAAACUGUUGCAGGCGAAAACAAACCGUGAAAUUGCCUCUCUGCAGCGGAAGAUCGACGAUGUACCAUCUCGUGUUGAACUGAGUCAAUAUCAGAAACGCUUCUUCGAACUUUACAACCAAGUUGCUGCCAAACACAAGGAAACUAAACAGUUCUACACACACUACAACAUCCUCGAUGAUACGAAACUCUACAGAAACAAAGAGGUCAACCUGCUCAACUCCAUACAUGAAAACUUUACUCAGGCUAUGGCAUCAACUGCUACAAAAGAACAGUUUCUGCGACAGAUGGAACAAAUUGUUGAAGGAGUGAAACAAAACCGGCUGAAGGUGGAGAAAAAGAAACAAGAAGAGAAAAUGAAGCGUGACCAAUUCAAUGACCAAUAUCUGGAAUUAAUUGAGAGUCAAAGACUCUACUUCAAGACUGUCAAAGACUUCCAAGAGGAAUGCCGAAAGAAUGAAAUACUGCUGUCUAAAUUACGAUGAAGAGAACAAAGUCUUUGAAAACAGGAGAAGGAUCCGGAAAUUCUCAUUCCAAAAUUAUUAUUCUUAAUGGCUGCUGAUUCAAUAUUUUUUUUACAAGAACAAAAUAUAUUUAUUAUUAUUAUUAUUAUUGUUAUUAUUGUUAUUAUUAAGAAGAUGAAGGCGGAGGGAGGGCUGUCAAAAUCAUUGGCACGCCGGGCAAAAUGCUUAGUAUUUUGUCCGUCCUUACAUUCUGAGUUCAAAUUCCGCUGAGGUCAACUGUACCUUUCAUCCUUUCAGGGUCGAUAAAGUAAGUACCACUGAAACACUGGGGGUCAAUGUAAUUGAUUAGUCCCCUCCCUGCAAAAUUUCAGGCCUUGUGCCUUUAGUAGAAAAGAUUAUUAUUAUUAUUAUUAUGGAGGUGACAGAAUCAUUAUGCUGGACAAAAUGCUUUGCAGCACUUCUUCUGGCUUACAUCCCGAGUUCAAAUUCUUCCAAGGUGGACUUUGCCUUUCUU